AUGAAAUUAAAUACGAGCACAACCAAUGCUCCAUUCAUACCCUAAAGACCACUUAGUUAAAAUUCUUCAUUUGUUUAAGGGAGAAUGUAAACUCCUCCAAGAGUAGCUCGAUUUGCUGAUACAUCACCACAUGCAUCUUUCGAAUUUGAAGAUUUGAAUUCGUUAUCACUUGAAGAAAUUAAUAGAGAAUUAGAUUAAAAUAGUAUAUUUAUUUUUAAGUAGUUAAUGAGGUGAUUAUGUUGCUCAAUAGAAGAAAAAGUUUGAUCUUAAAUAAAAAGAGAAGACUUAAGGAGGAAUUUUCUAAUAAGAUAGCAGAUUUAAAGCGAUAUCAAUAUGAAGAUUAUGUUCAAGAUUUAUAAAGAAUAGAAGAUCCACUUAUAUAAUCACUCAUGCAAUAGAAAAGUUUACCAAAAAUGUAAAAGUUGUUAGGAAAUGUAAUGAGAGAUCAAUAAGAUCGUAAACUUAUGGAAUUAAGUAAAUCAUAAGAAUUUUGGUAAUACAAUAAAAAUGUUGAAACAGAGAUUGAUAAUUUAUUAAAGAAAUUAAAAUACUUUGAUAAUGAACUUGAAAAGGAUAAUAAUGAAAUAUAUGAAAUUUGUCGUUAAUUAGACACAAUAGAUGACAAUAUUAGAGAUUUACUAAUUACAAAAGUAGAUGAUAAUGUAUAAAGGGCAGAACCUUUAUUUGCUAAUAAAUAAAGAUAACAAUCAAUUCUAAAUGGAAAAUUAAAUCAAAGAAAUAAACUAAAAGAUGAAAAAAUGAAUUUAAUUUAUAAAAUAAUAGAAGAAUUAUAAAGAUUAAGAGGAUUAAGAUAAGAAAGGAUAAAUAAAUUAAAUAUUGUAUUUGGAGAUGAAGAAAAUAUAAAUAUGUAAAAUUAAAAUUUGUAAGGAUUACAAAAUGUUUAAGGUUCAUAAUAGAAUUUAGAUUAACCAUAACCAUCAAAAUUAUAGGCAUAUAUGGAUUUCAUGGAAUAAUUUGAUAAUAUUGCAUUAAUGAGAGAAUAGAUAUCUAAAUUAGAGUAAGCAGAAUAAGGAUUAUUAAAUGAUUUAGAUAGAUUAUAUAGAGAAAGUGAUUAAGUUUUCAGUGAAUUAAUUAGAAGAAUAUCUGAGGAAGCAAAAACAUUUAAUGAAUGGACAGAAAAUCUUAAAAAAAGAAUCAGAUAUAUAAAAGCAAAUGAAUAUUUCUUUUCUUAAACUAAUUUACCAGAAUAGUAAAAUGGUUUAGGAAAUUCAUUACAAUUAGAUUUAAAAGAAGUAAGUAGAAAAUUCAAAGAGAAUAUGAACUAUUUAAAACCAUUAAUAGAAGAAGAUGCUACAAUUAGAGCAGGAUUAGAAAAAACAGGGACUACAAUUUAAUAAUUUAAAAAUAUGAUAUUGUAUUAAUUAUUAUGAUAUUUUUAGGGCUAUAUAGAAUGAAAAAGAGAGAAGGAGAGAAUUACUAUAAAUUUUAGAGAAUUGUGCCAGAUUAAGAUAAGAGGAAGAUAUGUAAUUUAAGAGACGUUAUUGUUAGGAAAACUGAAUAAUUGAGAAAUAUAGAAUUAGAAAUAAAUAAAAAAGUUUAGUAGAAGCGUAAUUUAGAAGAAGAUUUAGAUGGUGUUUUGGGAGAUGCUGAUUUAAAUACGUUUAAAAAAAUAGGUAAUAAUUAUAAUUAAGAUUAGAAUCUUUAUUACAUGAUUAUGAUUAAGAAUUAGUUCAUCUAAAUAAUUAGAAAAGAAAAAUAAUUAAAGAAAUUGAGGAAAUUAAUUAAUCUGUCAUAAAUUUGUUGGCAAGAAUUAAAAGUGAAUAUGAUGAUAUCCUUAGAGAAAUAUUGCCAAAAGAUUGGACUAAUACAUAUGAUUUAAAAAAAAUAACUGAUUUAAAACGAAUGAAGAAUUACUUAAAAAAAACUUUUAAACGCUUUGGUAUAAUGUCAGAUUGA